CAAACGCUGAGCUGUUCCCUCUCUGUCUCUGUUCGUCGAAACUUCGGCUGGUCGUUUUAACUGCCUCAAUGACUUUCCGGAAAAGGAAACCCGGAUUCUUCAUCUUUGCUAGAGAAGAAGAAUCCGAAGCUUCACUAAUCAUCAUUUUUCAUUUUACUACCUACUCGCCUUUCAACUCCGCCGCAGAGUUUCCACUUUUACCGUCAGUUUUGUAGAAUUUUUUCCUUCCCCUGUUUCUAGACUUGAUCUCACAUUACCAGGCCAAGCGUCAAUUUUCUUCCAAUUUUUAGUUUAUUUCCCUUCAUGUUCUAUAUACUGUGAGCUGAUCCAGCGUCGAAUUCUUUCUUAGCUGCGUAUCUGCAAGUUUCCCAUUGAAGGAACAUUUUGUGAUUUUGACUCGACUCAUCUCCCUUGGAAUACUCUCUAUCUAGGUGGAAAACAGAGCAAAGCAGAAACGUCUGAGUCAUCUUACAGGGCAAUUCGAGAAUGGAUUACCCGUAUACAGUGAAAGAAGAGUACCUGGAAGCGUCCUCAUCUCAUUCAAGAGGUGAAGUGCCAACAAUUUCCCCACCACAGCCAAUAGAGGGGCUUCACGAGCUUGGCCCGCCGCCAUUUCUCACCAAGACGUUCGACGUGGUGGAUGACCCAGCUACCAAUCAUAUGGUUUCUUGGAGCAGAGUGGGCACUAGUUUUGUUGUAUGGGAUCCACAUGCCUUCUCUGUGAGUCUCCUUCCCAGAUACUUCAAGCACAACAAUUUCUCAAGCUUUGUCAGGCAACUGAACACUUAUGGAUUUAGGAAAAUUGAUCCAGAUAGAUGGGAGUUCGCAAAUGAAGGAUUUCUGAGAGGCCACAGGCAUCUUCUGAGAAACAUAAGGAGAAGGAAGGCACCUGCUAAUGUGAGUCUUUCUCAACAAGCACAACAGCAAGGUCAUUGUGUUGAAGUAGGAAGGUUUGGACUGGACGAAGAAAUUGACCGUUUGAAGCGAGACAAGCAGGUGCUAAUGAUGGAGCUGGUGAGACUUAGGCAACAGCAACAGAACACUAGAUCAUACCUUCAGGCAAUGGAACAAAGGUUACAAGGCACGGAAAAAAAACAGCAACAAAUGAUGGCUUUCUUAGCCAGAGCUAUGAAAAAUCCAGCCUUUCUCCAGCAACUACUCCAACAGAAAGAAAAGAGAAAGGAGCUUGAAGAAGCCAUAACUAAGAAGAGAAGAAGACCAAUUGAGCAAGGACCAAAUUGUGUUGGUGAAUCAAGCAGUGGAGUUGAAGCAAUAAACCCUAUAAAAGCCGAGCCUUUAGAAUUUAGCAACUACGGGUUUGAAGUGUCGGAACUGGAAGUGUUAGCUUUGGAAAUGCAGGGUUAUGGUAGAGGAAGAAGAGAACAGGAGGCGCCAGAAGAACCACGGGAGAGGCUGGGAAAAGAACUUGACGAGGGUUUCUGGGAAGAACUGUUCAGUGAAAAUUUUGAGGGUGAAAUAGACAUUCCAAGCACUGAAGGUGAAGAUGAAGAUGUCAAUGUCUUGGCCAAUCGCUUAGGCUACUUGGGUUCUAGUCCUAAGUAAAACUACUGAAUGAAGACUUGGUUUGAAUCACGAGGGAUCUUGUUAGGCAAGACGCAACGCAGACGGAGAAAUAAUUUGUUUUUUGGCGUGCUUCUAAGUUCUAACCCUAUCUAUCUGUGUCCUCCAGUAUAAUUUUGUAAAACCUCAAGUUUCUCACUUUUCUCAAUGUUGAUUAGGUAGGUUGCAGCUGGGGCUGGCGCAAGAAAUCUGUGGUAGUGAUAGCUGUCAUAAUAUUGAUCUCAAGGGAAUGUAGAUUAUGAUCAGAGGCUGUAAAGUGGACAAGAAGUAGCUGAACUCCAAGAACCAGUCAUAACUGAAUGUUGCUUAUGAAUCCAGAGCCAGUUGAUCAUGAGCAUGAUCAAAUGACGAAAGUGAUCUUCGUUUUCUGGCGGUGGUUUCCUUAGGCUUGGACUAAGAAGGACGUUCAAGAAAUAUCAAAUGGAAAUGAUGUAUCUGAAGAAUUCCAUAUUGCCAACCUUAAUUACUAAUAAUAAGAUUGCAUAAAGUAGAAGGACAAGCUUUAAGUACAGUUUCUUUCAUUCUACUUUUUCAUGGAGUACGUGGUGUUUGGACAAGUGCAACAACGAAGAAAAGGAAAAAGGUGCGAAGUCAAGUGAAGUGGCUGAAUGAACCUGGGAUUUCUGAAUGCCGAAGCCCAAAAGGGAAGUCGUGGUCAAGUUGUGUAGAUGUUAUAGUUAGUAAUUUGAAUAGUGAAGAUUGUGAGAGGGGCUUGUCAACAUAUCAAAAUAAUACUUCAAGCCUUCUGGAAAUGGCUAAUUCUGUCUAAUUUUAAUUCCAUUAUGGGGUAAACUACAAGACUGCAUUUGCUUGUGGAAUUUUAAAUAUCCGUUUGAAAGUAAAGCUACCGGAUGAGGGAUAUGGAAAUGUGUGUAUUGAUGGCGUUUGUUGAGGAAGGUUAAUUACUUGGGUUGUAUUGUUUUGUAGUUGAUGGAAGCAGCCGAGAAUACUGUAAGACGGCAACCCUGAGAACCCUGCAGUUAAUUAUUGUGGAUUUUGAUGUUGACCUUAUUCUAUGUGGGACACUGAAGAGUUUUUCCCUUCAGUGGAGUACUACAUACAUGAUUUCAGCGGGGCUUCCUCUCAAUUAUGAAUCCUGAUAUUGACAACGUACACAACUUAUGCCAAAAUACACUGUGAGUUCGUGGCCACUGAAUUCACAUCUUCCAACUAGAAAGUUGGGAGUUCGGACGGAGGAAAAGGGUUGAGUGCUUCCUGUGCAUGAAAGUCCCAUAUAUCUCAUCUUACUAUUCCAGCUUCAGACACUUGAUAUUGUUGAAUAAUCGUUAUCAUUUUUACAUAUACCAGACUUAGAUUUUACUGUUCAUGUACUCCUGUAAAUUUUGACAAAUAAAAAUUAAACCCCCCACUGUA